UAGGUUCGGUUUUGAUUUGAAAAAUUUUGAAAAAAUGGAAUUGCUCAAAACUAUUUUUAAAAUAUCCUAAUUAAACUUGCAAACUAUGGAUAUUUUAGAUAUUAAAGAUUUCAAAACUAUACCGGACUUUUAUCAUCCGUAUACCACAGCUAUACGUAACGCUCGUGUUCCUAUAGUAAUAGACAAUGGUUCUUAUAAUUGCAGAAUUGGCUGGGCCACUAGCAAACAACCCAAUUUAAUCUUCAAAAACUUACUAGCAAGGCCUCGAAAAGAUCGUGGAAGGAAGGAAGGCGAAACUCAAAUAGGAAAUGAUAUCACGAACAUCGAAGCUGUUAGAUUUCAACUAAAAACCCAAUUUGAUCGUAACGUAGUCACACAGUUUGAAGUUCAAGAGCAAAUCCUGGAUUACUCGUUCGCUCAUCUGAGUAUAGAUACUGAAGGAAGUGUUGAUCACCCAAUUUUCAUGACUGAAUCUUUUUUAAAUCCCAACUAUUCUAGAAUAUUGAUGUCAGAGCUGCUGUUUGAAGGUUACAAUGUGCCUGGAGUUUGCUACGGGAUUGAUUUCUUGCUUAGUUAUUUGCAAGACAAUAAUCCCAAAGGUUCGGUAUUGAUUGUAAGCGUUGGUUAUCAUUGUACUCACGUUAUUCCUGUGAUUGAUGGCAAAGUCGAUACUGCUAAAUGUAAACGAAUCGAUAUCGGUGGAUAUCACGUCACAUAUUAUCUUCAUAAAUUACUUCAGCUGAAAUAUCCAGUUCAUUUAAAUGCUAUAACGUUGAGUCGAGCAGAGGCUUUAAUUUUCGAUCAUGGAUCUAUUUGUACAAAUUAUCAAGAAGAAGCUGCCAAAUGGGCUGACGGUGAUUACUAUGAUAAGCACGUUAAACGUAUUCAGUUACCGUACAACAUCGCAGUAAGCACUCCUCUAACUCCAGAUCAACAACGAGAAAAACGAAAAGAGUUGGCGAGAAAAUUAGUCGAGAUUAAUGCAAGAAAAAGAGAAGAAAAAUUGAUCGAAGACGAAGAAAAAUUGAGCAGGUUGCAAGCUCUUCAAGAAAUGAUACAAGAUAUGGAUACUCAGCAGGAAAUACAGGCAGCCUUACGAGAAUUCGAGAUAUCAAAUUUAAAUGAAUUGAAAAAAACUGUCAAUACUUUGCAAACGAAAAUCCAAAAAACUAAACAAAAAAUUGCAGCUGCUGCGGGAGCAGGAGUUAUUGAAGAAAGCAUUUCUGAGGAACCAAAAAUAAAAAUAAUGAAAACCGAUAUCAAAUUACCCAAAGAUGACGAAGAUAUAAAACCAUGGUUGAGUACAGUCUAUAGAAAAAGAAAAGAACUGGUUGAAAAAAGAACGCUUCGUAGACAGCGCCGUCAAGAUAUGGCGAAAAGAGGCACCAUAGCAUCUCAAGAACGAAUGAGAUUGAUAAGUCAAUUAGCUCGUAAGGAAAAAAAUGACGACGAUUUUGGUAUACGAGACGAAGACUGGGACGUUUACAAAGCAAUUAAUAAAGAAGGAGGUGACACAGAUAGCGAAGAAGAGCAAGAAAAAAUACUCGAACUAGAAGAAGUUCUGAAAUACUACGACCCUCUAUUCAGUGGCAGUGCUUCGCCGAAUGAACCUAUUAAUACUAAGGAAGCUUACCAGCUGCAUUUGGGAUUGGAGCGUAUGCGAGCUCCCGAAGUUUUAUUUCAACCUUCUAUGCUGGGUUCCAGCCAAGCUGGAAUAGCUGAAACGAUAGAAUUCAUCCUAAAAGGCUAUUCGGAAGAGUUAGCCAUUACUUUAGCCAAUAAUAUAUUUUUAACCGGUGGACCUACCAAAAUUCCUGGAUUUAAAGAUCGAAUGAAUAAGGAAUUAUUAGAAAUGAGACCCUUCCAAUCGAAAUUCUCCAUUUCGCUGGCCAAGCAGCCGAUUUUAAACGCUUGGCUGGGGGCUAGUAAGUUUUGCACGAAUAGUAAUUUUAAAAAUUAUUUAAUAACUGCGGCGGAAUAUAAAGAAAAAGGAGGGGAUUAUCUUAAAGAGCAUCGAACAUCGAAUUUAUAUGUCCCACUUCCAGCACCUCUACCGUUGACAGAAACUUCAGGCGAUAGUGUCAUCGAAAAUGCUUCAGUUAAAACCGAAUAAUUGUUCAAGUGUUUAUGAAUUUUUUAACGCGAUGACAUUUUUUGAAAUGUAUUCAUGUCGAAAUUAUUUAUUAUUCAAGUAUGAAAUAAACAAGUUAGAAUCUUAUCAAAACCGUUUAAUGUUUCGUAUAAAAAUCACGACAAAAAACACACAUCAAAGAUAAAAUACGUACAAUAAAUUAUUGCAAGGUACAAGGUAACAUAUAAAAGGCAAAACAAAAUAAAAAUUAACAGAAUUCCAAUUCAUGUAUCUUUUAAAACUUCGGUGCUUUGCACCAGUUUCAGUUUAUAUAAAUCGUCUACUAAACAUUUUAAAAAUAAAUGAGUCAAGAAGCCAGUAACCCCCCAUAUCUUGAAUCUAUCUACAACAUACACAGGUAACGUGUAACUAUUUCUAAAUUGCGUAUAUCUACAACAUACUGGAUCACAGAGCAUUGCUAAGGGUACAGUAAAAGCAAACUGCACCUCUUCUUUAUUAAUUUUAAAAUCAUUUGUUCCCACAUGCCCAAGAUAUCCUACAGUCGGUGUAAUCGAAACACCUGCCCUAAGGAUAGGUGCCCCACAGCCAUAAAUUUUCAUCUUAUGUCCAGCAAAGCCUACUUCUUCUUCUGUUUCUCGUCUUGCUGUAUCUUCCGGAGUUUCGUUUUCAUCACACAUACCUCCAGGAAAUGAUAUUUUACCUGGAUGUCGUCGAAGUAGAUGUGUUCUUAAGGUGUAUAGCAAACAAAGGUCAUUGUUCGAGUGACAUAGCGGAAUUAACACCGAUGCUCUACUUUCCAUUUUCUUACCAUCUGCUACGAGCUUCAGAGAACUCAGCUUUUGAACGCAUUUCUUGAUGUGCUCUUCGUUGGCGAAUUUUUCGAAAUCUGUUUUAUGUAAAAUACUGGAAUAUUGAACACAUUUCGAUUUGAGAUCAACGAAAUUAUUGUGAAAUAGAACGCUACGCAUCUUAGUCGCGAAAUUUCAACACAUUUUCGAACUAGAGGAAGAACUUUUAUAACUUUUUCGAAUUAGUCAUCGAAGAAUCCCUGGGAAAAAAUGGAAAAUUUCGAUGAUAUUUUGGGAUUCAUCAGAACUUGGUAAAA